ACCACUGAUAGGCAGGCACGCCGAAAGGGUUAAGCCCUUCUCUUUCCCUCCCUCCUCUCUGCAGAGAAGAACAGGCGGAGUUACCUUCACACACAGUUGUUGUAUGCAAGAGCACAGUCACCGUGUGCGGACCGUGGGACACACAGAGCGCAACCCCCCCCCCAAAAAACAAAACGGCGCUAAACAGGCUGAACAUGAGCCGUCGGACCUCAGACUGUGCGAGUUGGAAACUGGUCCCAGUACCGAACUGAAGCCCCCGGUAGCGCCUCUCCGGCUCCAGAUGGGAGGUUAUUAUGCCCGGGGUAAGCGUGUCCGUGCGAAGUUUGUCUGAAGUGGAGAAAUACCUCGGCAGCCGGAUGGACCGGAACACAGAGGCCGGAUUCCUCGGCCUGCCUCUAUCGAUGCGUCGGGGUUCUUCGUACAACAACCUGGAUCUGGACUUCAACGACGGGAGCCCCUGCCAGGCUCUCGUCUCGGAGGUCCACCGGAGUCGCUCCUGCCUGGACAACCUCCAGCAGAAGAUCCUGAAAGUCACGGAGCAGCUGAAGAUCGAGCAGGCCGCCAGAGAUGAGAACGUGGUGGAGUAUCUAAAGCUGGUGAACAGCGUGGACAAGCAGCAGCUGGGGCGCAUCAAGCAGGUGUUUGAGAAGAAGAACAACAAGUCGUCACAGAACAUCGCGCAGAUGCAGAAGAAGCUGGAGCAGUACCAUCGAAAGAUGAAGGACAGCGAGGUCCUUCAAAGCUCACCGUCCCGGCCGCCCUUGGCCAAACGCAGCACCAUACCCAGAGAGUCGCCCCGACAGCUGAGGGACAUGACCAGCAGCGGGCGCCACCCGACCAUGGACAAGAUCAAAACCAUCGGGCCCGGCGUUUCUCUCUCCCCUCCUUUCUUCUUCAGCAAGCCCAGGGAGUUUGCCAACCUCAUCCGGAACAAAUUUGGCAGCGCAGAUAACAUUGCUCAGCUCAAAAGCAACUUGGACGCGUCGUCCGACGGUGCGGGAAAGGGGCUGAGCAGCAGCACGUCUUUGGUGAGCAAGGCCAAGUAUCCCAGCGACGACGAAUGCUCCUCAAUUUCAGCAGACAGCAAUGGGAACCUCGGCAUGGGUGGAGCCGUGGCGGGGCAGGGGCAACAGCCGGCGGGAGACGGCCAGGGCAGGUUGGAGCUGUGCUUCGAGGAGGUGAGAGAGAUGAGAGAGGUCCAGAGCCAGCUGGAGGAAGAGAUGGAUGAGAUUAAAGAGCAGUUCAAGAGGGAGUACGGUAUUCUGAGCCAAACACUACAAGAGGAGAGGUACAGGUAUGAGCAUCUGGAGGAUCAGCUGAACGACCUGACAGAACUUCAUCAAAACGAGAUGGCAAAUCUGAAGCAGGAGCUGGCCAGCAUAGAGGAGCGGGUGGCCUACCAGGCCCAGGAAAGAGCCCGGGACAUACAGGAAGCCCUGGAGUCGUGUCAGACUCGCGUCUCCAAGCUGGAGCUCCAGCAGCAGCACCAGCAGCAAACGGUGCAGCUCGAGAGCCCAGAUGCUCGGGUCUUACUGGGGAAGAGCAUUAACAUCAUGCUAGCCAUCAUCACCGUCAUCCUGGUGUGCGUCUCCACCGCUGCCAAGUUCGCCGCUCCGCUGAUGAAGAGCCGGUAUCACAUGGUUGCGACGCUGCUGGGCUUGUGCUUUCUGACCAUGUUCUGGAAGAACUGGGACCGUUUACAGUAUGCCAUAGACAGACUGCUGAUGGCCGAUUAACAACGAGAAGAUCACUCUGAAACUAUGAUCGACUUAAUCACCUUUAGUUGCAAUAGGCGUCUAGAAGAUUGGUUGUACAAUCUUCUUGGACACGAUCGCUGUCACCUUUAGAGGUUUGCGUUUUUAAAGGCCGAUUUAAAUUGAAAUUCUUUUUUUUGUUUGUUUGUUUGAAUGGAAUUUGAAUGUGUUUAACUCUGCUAAACUAUAAAAAAAAAAGUACUAUUUUUAUGUUUCAGUCAAUUUUGCUACUUUCUCAUUGAAAUUUUCACAUAAUAUUUUAGGUCAAAGCCAGAAUUAAACAAGGUGAGAAAGCUUGUUUACUGAAGAAAAAUACAGCCCAUUCCGUCCCAUUUUGUUGCAGUCGGAUUAUGACGCAACAUGAUUGGAAACACACUCAGGAACAAGAUGUUACUAAUACUAAUAGUCACUUUUUGGUCUAAAAGAGUGGUUGGGCACCUUAAAAAUACUCUUCCUUUGUUUUUGUUAAGUUCUUGGCUUAGCAUUAAGACACCAGCAAAUUGCUAAGUUAAGGAUCUCAAAACUCACAAGCUAGAUUCUACCCCAAAUUGUAAACUAGAACCAAAAACACUAUUUUUAGAGGUUUGUUUUGAAAAUACUUUUAAAAUACACCUUUCUGCUUUCUCUCAACUGCUAACACACUGCUUACUUUAGCAGCAAGUAAGACUAACUUUGCAUCACAUUAGUCAUGGUUUGCUAUUUUGAUCACGUCAAUUAAGACAAAAAUGCUCCCUAAAAGAUAUAAACUACAACUUUUAAAUUCUGAUGGGUUUGGUUUCCAGGCAUUUCUAAUAUUCACUUUCCUCUACUUACCUCUAAUUCUCUGUGCAGGUCAGCAGUUGGCUGAGUUUAGCGAUGAAUAAGCAACAAAUUGCUAAGCUAAGCUUCUAAUUUGACUGUUAGAUAUUUGGCAUUUUAAAAAAUAUGGAGAAAGUCUGAAUUUUAGAAAUUUUGAACAGUGCUAGGCUAGAAGCUUUCACCUAUUUUAAAUAUUUGUUAAAUAAGCAAUUAGACUUCUGUCUUUGAAAAUUUUGAAAUAAGCUGUUUAGAGGAGGAAGAGAUCAUUUCUAAUUUAUUUUUAUCUAAAAGCGAAAUUGGAAACUUGCACAAAUACGCCUACCUGCUUCCUUCUUGCUGGUAACCUAAAUGUAGCUUAGUAUCAAAUUUGAAACACAUUCCUGAACUAGCUAAGCUAAACAAACACAUUGAGAUCCUCAAAUGAGUUGUUCAAAUUCAGCAAGCCAA